AUGCUCGGUACUCGCACGCUUCGCGACCGCAGCGCUUCUCGCACACCGAACGGCAGCACGGGAAAGCGAAAGGAGUCCGUCGCUACGGAAGUGAAGGAGGAGAAGAUGGAGGGAAGCGCAUGGUUGGAGCCUCCGUUGGCACAGAAGCCAAGCUAUCGCGAUCACGCAGGGGUGUCAUACUAUGGCGUGUCGGAACACAUGCAGCCACUGGGGGAGGCGCCAAACGCAAGAGUGAAGACAAGAGUGAAGGCAGAAGGUGCUCGCAAGUCUGUGCUGGGGCGGAGCGCUGCGGGUGGUGGGCUAGAUGCUCAGGAGACGCCUGAAGGGACUCCAGCACCGCAGACGGGUGCCGUGGUGCAGGCCCCACCAUCGCCGCACCCUCGCAUAGUCGUUGAUGAUGAGGAUGAUGCAGACUACGCUCCCAAGGCGAACGGGAAAAAGAAAGAACGCAAACCGAAGCCACGAGCCCCGAAGCGCCAGAGUGAAACUCCUGCUCCUACGCAGACCAAGCUCGUGCCCCCGGAUCCCAAGUCUUACGACCGAACGAAGCUGGGUGCCAUCGUGAACGAGGCCAAGAUGCGUGCUCUUGAGAGCGGCAAGCCUGACCUGGCUGCUGCUGUCUACGAAAUCUACCUGCAGGCGCUCAAAAACGGUGUGCUCAUGCGAUUGAUGCAAGCGAUUCUUGCACAGAAAGCCACACCAGAAGAGACCAAGCAGUUCCAGCAGCACGUGAGGGUUGCGAAGAAAAUGCUCAAAGAGGAAGCAGAAGCCAGAAGGCAGGCGCGGCGGGACCACCCGCACGACUCAAACGGCACACAUUCGCUGCCGCUUCGAUCUCCCUCCGACCUCACACCACGUGAACUUGAAAUUUAUUCUGCCAGAACUUCUACUGAAACAUCUAACUAUCACGACACAAAAGUUUCACUCACCUGGAAAUCGCCAUCGAAAGAUCCAAACCGCCACCGCACCAGCAAAACCGUCACCAUGUCUGCGUCACCAUCGAAGAGACGUGAGGGGAGUCCGAACGGCAGCGAUUCUUCACUGACCGACAUGACCUCGAACCCGGACGAUGACAUGGACCUCGACGAGCCUGCCUCUGACGCCGCCCCCGGCCCGUCGGCACAGCAAACCACCACCACAGGUAAGGACCACGCUGCAGAGCGCGGAAGCCUCACGGCACCCAACCGCAACCUUAAGAGGUCUUCGGCAGAGGCAGAAUUGCAGGAGGACGAACGUGACCUGGCACUUGCGGCGAAGAAGCAGAAGCUCAACGAGGGCAUCACGCGCGAUGCUCAGUUCGAGGAGAGCAGUGUUCGUGAGCCAGCUGACAGCAGAUCGUCUCGACUACGUGCGCGCCAGAGCACCACCCUCGCGCCGCCGACCCUGUCACUGAACACCAGCGGCACCCGUAUGGGCAGUCGGAGCGCAAGCCGCGCCGUCUCCACAGAUCUGGACUCGCCGCUCUCUACGCCAGCAUCCUCACGCCAGAGCACGCCGCAGGUAGCGAAAGCACCGGCAAAGGCCUUCGGGAAGAAGGCAAAGACCAAGCAAUCGCCCGAAAAGAAACAGCUGGCAGCCUACGGGGGCAUGCCAGGAGCAAGGGGCGCAGGAAGAGAGAGCCCAGCCGAUGAUGACAAUGAAGAGCUUUCCGAGAACAACGAUUUUUGCUCGGCUUGUGGAGGCAGCGGGUAUCUGCUCUGCUGUGAUGGCUGCGAUCGCUCAUUCCACUUCGCAUGUCUCGAUCCGCCGCUCAACGACGAGGCGAGUGAGCUGAACGAGCCAUGGUACUGCUACAUCUGCGUGGCGAAGCGCCCCAUCACCGAUUCGCCGGAGAAACCUCACCGUGGCCUCUUUGCGCCGCUCUUCAACAGUCUCCGCAAGCUCAACCCAUCGAACUUUGCGCUUCCACAGGAUAUCAGAGACUACUUCGAGGGCGUCGCUACCGACAAGACCGGCUCGUUCGUUGAGUCGGUUCACACGCGCACCAGGAAUCGACCGGGCUACUCAGAUGAGCCGCCGGACUUCACCAAGAUCAAGGAUGGCAAAGGCAAGACGAUCUUAUGCUACUCCUGCGGCAAGUCGUCUGGUGGCUCACGCCCGAUCAUCCCAUGCGACUUCUGUGGCGAAUACUGGCAUCUCGAUUGCAUGGACCCUCCCCGCAGCAACCCGCCAGCACGCAACCAGGACGGCGACAAGGUGCACGACUGGAUGUGUCCACUCCAUUCCGACCAUGAGCUGCGUAAGGUCGACACCAGUCUGCUCAACCCCCGCAGCGUCGCCCGCAAAGUGCACAUUCGCAAGCCCAGGAACGCCAAAGUCGUCGAGGCUUCGAUGAAGCGUGGAUUCCACAAUAACGGCGUCAUUGAUGUGGUCGUCGACGACGAGAGCGAUGGCUCCGAUUCCGAGUUCUACGAUGAAGAAGGGCUAGAUGAAGGCGUGGUCUAUCGGCUACCGGCGUCGGGCAUCAAGCUCGACUUCAUCGACAAGGUCAAGAACACACGCGUUCAGCAGCUGAGGAGCCAGCACGCUUACGACACGGCUCGUGCGAUCGCACAAGAACCAGGCAACGAACCCGGCCCACUGGAGCAAGCCAACUUCGCCAAGCGGUCAUUCCGCGACAAGAAGAUGGCGCUCAACCUUGCGCAGUUCGCGAGUGAGAAUAGUGAUCUCACUCUGGGAGCUGAUCAGGUUGCGAACUUGGUGGGAGCGUUGAUUGCUGAAGCUCCAGGCGACGUGGUUGACGGCAUGACAGCCGCUGAGAAUGCUGUGAAGAAGCGCUCGGCGGGCUCUACCAUUCCUCCCUCGCCACCGGUGUCUGAGCAGACUGAGGCGCUCACCGCAGAGCAGAGGAAGGAGUUGGAGAUGCUGCAGGAGCUCAUCCGUCGCCGUCUGGCCGGCGGUAAGACAUGA